CUCCCACCCAUCCCUCGCUGGGCUCUCUAGUCACGCCCCCUCCUCAAUCCGUGCGAAAGUGAGUCACUGAAUGAUGGUGGAGCUCGGCGGGCAGGGGGGAGGGAAGGAGUCCAGCACGAUAGCUCUAUAGGGCGCCCUCCCUCUGCCAAAAUGGCCCGCUGGAUUCCCACGAAGAGGGAGAAGUUUGGAGUCGCCAUUUACAACUUUCAGGUGACACAUGAGGAAGAGCUGAGCCUGCAGGUGGGAGACACGGUGCAGAUUCUGGAGACCUAUGAAGGAUGGUACCGUGGGUUCACACUAAGGAAUAAAAGCAAGAAGGGUAUAUUUCCAUCUACCUAUGUUCAUGUGAAGGAGGUGACUGAGGAUAAAGGGCUCCAUGAUCAGGCAGUGCCCAGUGAGCUGCCCCUGGUACAAGAGCUUACUGCCACCUUGCGAGAAUGGGGAAAUCUUUGGCACUCUCUCUUUGUGCACAACAGCCGGCUGCAGUUCAGCCAGAUACAAGAAAUGAUGUUCCUGCUGAUGGAAUGGCGCUCGCAGAUCUUAUCGGGAACCCUGCCCAAGGACGACCUGGCCGAAUUGAGGAAGAAAGUGACAGCAAAGAUUGACUACGGCAACCGCAUCCUUGGGUUGGACCUGGUAGUAAGAGAUGAGAAUGGAAACAUCCUGGAUCCCGAUGAAACCAGCAUCAUCACGCUGUAUCGCUCCCAUGAAUCUGCGUCUCGGCGGAUUGAUGAACGAAUUCAGGAGGAGAAGUCCCAACUGCAGCCUCUGGAUUCCAGGAGUUCUGCCAUUCUGCACAUGGCCCACACCUACAGUCUUUACGUGAACCUCAAGAACUUUGUGUGUAAUAUGGGGGAGGAUGCUGAGCUGCUCAUGAGUCUCUACGACCCAGAUGACUCCCGCUUUAUCAGUGAGAAUUUCCUGGUGCGAUGGGGCAGUUCUGGGAUGCCAAAGGAUAUUGAAAAACUCAACAAUUUACCAGCUGUGUUCACAGACCUCAGCUGUUCCGAUUUGAUUCGUCCCAGGAUCAGCCUUGUAUGCCAGAUUGUGCGUGUGGGACACAUGGAGUUGAAGGAUGGCAAGAAGCACACGUGUGGUCUCAGACGGCCCUUUGGGGUGGCAGUGAUGGAUAUUUCUGAUGUGAUUCAUGGGAAAGUGGAUGAUGAGGAGAAGCAACAUUUCAUCCCCUUUCAGCAAAUGAAUAAGGAAAACUUGAUCAGUCAGCGGCAACUCAUAAUGUCUCCUCUGAUGGCCUCUCGUGCAAUAGCAGAGAACGAGCCGCUGACUGCUAUCUACAACAAGGUGAUCGCGGCCAAAGAAGUGAACCACAAGGGGCAGGGACUUUGGAUUUCCCUGAAGCUUCUGCCUGGGGAUCUGGCACAGGUGCAGAAGGAAUAUUCUCACCUUGUGGAUCGAUCUAGUGCUGUAGCUCGGAAAAUGGGAUUCCCAGAGAUCAUUCUUCCUGGAGAUGUUCGGAAUGAUAUAUAUAUCACACUAAUCCAGGGGGAGUUUGACAAGGGCAAAAAGAAGACCCCUAAAAAUGUGGAAGUCACACUAUCUGUGCAUGAUCCAGACGGUGCCCUAAUAGAGAAAGCGAUCCAUCCUGGAGCCGGGCACGAGGGCCUUACCGAAUAUAAAUCAGUUGUAUAUUACCAGGUGAAACAGCCAUGUUGGUAUGAGACUGUCAAGGUCUCGAUCCCCAUUGAAGACGUCAGUCAUUGCCACCUGCGUUUCACUUUUCGGCAUCGAUCUUCUCAGGAAUCUCGAGAUAAAUCUGAAAAGGUGUUUGGCAUGGGCUUUGUCAGGCUGAUGAACCCAGAUGGAACGACGCUUAGAGACCGAAUCCAUGAUCUCAUUAUUUAUAAGGGUGACAGCAAGAAAUCUGAUGAUGCUAAGCUUUAUUUGUUGCUGCCGGGUACUAAAGAGGAGGAGGAUGAAGAUGGCAGGUCACAAAGGGGUCAUUCAGCCAGUAUUACUCCAACCAAGGACAGCUUCCAAAUCGGCACUCUCAUCUGUUCCACCAAGCUCACCCAAAAUGUGGAUUUACUUGGCCUUCUAAACUGGCGCUCAAAUUCCAGGCCAGUCUCCCAAGCGCUGCGCAAGCUGAUGGAAGUGGAUGGGGGUGAGAUCAUGAAGUUCCUCCAAGAUACUUUGGAUGCUCUUUUUAACAUCAUGAUGGAGACCCCAGACAAGGAGAGCUGUGAUGUUCUUGUGUUUGAUGCCCUGGUGUUUAUUAUAUCACUGAUUGCAGAUAUUAAGUUCCAGCACUUUAACCCUGUCCUAGAGACGUAUAUCACAAAGCAUUUCAGCACCACGUUGGCUUAUGAGAGGUUAAUAAAGGUCCUUAGUUGGUACGUGAGAAGUGCGGAUGAUCCCUGCCGUCAAGAAAUGCUGUUCUCUUCCCUCAAAGCCAUAAAAUACCUGUUCAGAUUUAUUGUCCAAUCACGUAUCUUGUACCUGAGGUUUUAUGGUCAGGGCGAGGGCCGGGAUCAGUUCAACGAUUCAAUUCGCCAGCUCUUUCUGUCUCUGAAUGAACUGAUGGACCGACCGCUGGACAAGGCUGUGAAGAUAAAGGCUGCUGCUCUUAAAUACCUGCCUGGGAUCAUAAACGACCUGAAAACUGUCUUCGACCCAGUGGAACUCAGUGUCCUUUUUGCAAAGUUUGUGCAAAGUGUCCCCGCAGACCAACUCGUCCAUCAAACUCUAACGUGUAUGAGCAAAGUGGUGGAAAGUGAUCUCUUCCUGCAGCCAGAAUGCAGAGAUGCUCUACAGCCUCUUCUCAUCGACCAGCUUAGCGGGCAGCUGGAUGAUAAUUAUGCCAAACCUGACCAUGAAGCUUGUGGGCAUCUCUUGAGCAACAUAAUAGAAGUCCUGCAGAGCAAGGAGGUGGGGGAAACAUCACUCCACAUUCAGCUCAUCAUGGAGCGACUGCUUCGAAGGAUAAAUAGGACAGUGAUUGGCAUGAGCCGACAGUCACCGCAUAUAGGCUGUUUUGUGGCAUGUAUGACUGCUCUUCUAAGACAAAUGGAUGAUUACCACUAUGACUACUACAUCAGCACGUUCCGCACCCGACAAGACAUUAUUGAUUUCCUGAUGGAAACAUUUAUUCUCUUCAAAGAUCUGAUUGGGAAGAGAGUUUACCCCAAGGACUGGAUGCUGAUGACAAUGACACAGAACAAGGUUUUUCUCCGAGCCAUGACCAGAUUUGCUGCAGUUUUGAACAAACUGUUUCUAGAUGAGAGCAGCUUUGAACUCCAGCUGUGGAAUAAUUUCUUCCAUUUGGCGGUGUCAUUCCUCACCCAUGAGUCCCUGCAGCUGCACAGAUUCUCCGAGGAGAAGCGGAAGAAGAUCCUGAGCAAAUAUGGAGACAUGAGGAAGGAAAUCGGGUUGAAGAUCAGAGAUAUGUGGUAUAACCUGGGGCCUCAUAAGAUCAAGUUUAUUCCCUCUAUGGUGGGUCCGAUCCUUGAGGUGACUCUAACACCAGAGACAGAUCUGCGCAAAGCGACAAUUCCGAUCUUCUUUGAUAUGAUGCAGCAUGAGCACAACUUCAGCGGGAGCGGCCACUUUCAUAUGUUUGAAAAUGAAUUAAUUACUCGCCUUGAUCAGGAAGUAGAGGGUGGGCGAGGGGACAGGCAGUACAAGGACCUCCUAGAGAGGCUUUUGCUGGAGAACUGUCGGAAGCACAAGUAUCUCUCUGGGUCAGGAGAAGUCUUCACGCUGCUAGUGAGCAGCCUGCUGGAGAAUCUGCUCGACUAUCGCACCAUCGCCAAUGACGAGAGUGAGGAGAAUCGCAUGAGCUGCACAGUCAACCUCCUGAAUUUCUACAAAGAGAAGAAGCGAGAGGAUAUUUAUAUCAGGUAUCUGUACAAACUGCGAGAUCUGCACCUGCGCAAAGAAAACUACACAGAGGCGGCCUAUGCCCUCUUACUGCAUGCCGAGUUACUGCAGUGGUCGGAGAAGCCAUGCGCACCUCACCUGCUGCAGAGAGACAGCUACACAGUGUACACCCAGCAGGAGCUCAAGGAGAGGCUCUACCAUGAGAUCAUUUCCUUCUUCGACAAGGGGAAAAUGUGGGAGCAGGCAAUCAUACACAGCAAGGAGCUUCUCGACAUGUAUGAGAACCAGAUCUUCCAUUAUGAGGCCCUCAGUGUCUUGUUGAAUAAGCAGGCUGGGUUCUACCAGAACAUCAUGCGCUCUUUGAGGCUGCAGUCGGAAUAUUUUGCCGUGGGGUAUUAUGGGCAAGGGUUUCCAUCGUUUUUGCGGAACAAAAUUUUUAUUUAUCGAGGGAAAGAAUAUGAGCGCCUAGAGGACUUUAACCUGUGGCUCCUCAAUCAGUUCCCCAAUGGGGAGAAGCUUUCCAGCAGUUCCCCUCCAGGAGAUGAGAUCCGAAACUCAACGAAGCAAUACGUACAGUGCUUCAGUGUCAAACCCCUGAUGAACCUCCCGUCUCGGUACAAAGAGAAGCUGGUUCCGGAGCAGAUACUCGGUUACUAUCGCUAUAAUGAGGUGCAGAGGUUUUCUUACUCCAGACCCUUUCGCAGAGGAGAGAAGGACCCCGACAAUGAAUUUGCGACCAUGUGGAUCGAGAGGACCACAUUCACAACAGCGUAUAAACUGCCUGGGAUUCUCAAAUGGUUUGAAGUGAAACACUUCGACACUGAAGAGAUCAGCCCCCUGCAGAAUGCAAUAGAGACAAUGGAACUGACCAAUGAGAAGAUCAGUCACUUGGUUCAACAGCACAGGGCGGACCAGAGCCUCCCCUUGCACCCUCUCUCUAUGCUCCUCAGUGGUAUUGUGGAUCCGGCGGUCAUGGGUGGCUUCUCCAACUAUGAAAAGGCUUUCUUCACUGAACGAUACCUCCAGGAACAUCCGAUGGAUCAGGAUAAGUUAGAGUUGCUCAAGCAGCUGAUUGCUCUCCAGAUGCCUCUUUUGGCUCAAGGGAUCCGCAUCCAUGGGGAGAAACUGACAGAUAAUCUACGUCCCCUUCAUGAACGGCUGGUAUCCUGCUUUAAGGAUCUGAGAAGCAAAGUGGAGAAGCUCUAUGGAACAAUCACUUUGCCUGCCAGUUUAACAGACAGGAAGUUGAGCCGAGCUGGUUCUGUGGUGGUUCCAUACAUCACGUCUGCAACAUUAAGAAGAUUGUCCUCUGUCUCCACUUCCUCCUCAGGAAGCAGCAGCUCCAGACCUGGAUCCGAAGGGUCGAUCCCAGAACCCGUUCCACACAGACGCGCCUCCCUCAUUUCUCGGCAUGAAGACAUCAGCGAUAGAGAUGAGGUUGAUAGUCGGGCGAUGAAGUUUAAGCAUUCACGAGAAGUAAGCUGGGUACAUAACGGGGGUUCUGUUACCUCCCUGAGCCUGGUCAACAAGUGUCAGCGGCCAAAGAGUCUCCAGUUAACAGAUGGGCGAUUGACUCUCCACAGUGCUUCUCCAGUGCAAGGAGGGACACCCCUCAGCCCUUUGCCUAUAACCCCCAGAACUCCGAGAACGCACAGCUUCCCUUCUCUCUCUUCUCAUGCUGAAACAACGGCACAGAUACUGGGGUCCCCUCCUCCGCCUCCCCCCAAAUGCAGAUCAAAUGAGGGCAGCCAGCGCCUUUCAGUGGAGAUUGCACCCCCCUUACCAAAACGUGAGGAAAUGAAACCUCCGACCCCUCCUCCGAAGGUGAGAAAAUCCAGUGUAAUCCAUGAUCCUGGAGUCUGACAGCCCUUGUGGCCAGUGAUGGAGAAACCCUCUGAGAAGACUUAUUUGGUUAUAUGGUCCACCGGCCUGCUUUUUGCAAGUCAUUCUGAUGGGCAACCCAUCCAAGGGAAUAUCCAGGCAUAAGCUCUGGACUGGACGUGAUUGUUUGCAUUCCAAAGAACGUUCUGGGUCAAAGAACCAAGUCACUUCCAGUACCGGGUCUGUGGCACAAGAAUGUAAGAAAUACUGGCCUGUGGGGAGUGCAUGUAUGGAGCAGGUAUUAAUCCAACUACUACUACUCUGCCUCCAGUGGCUUGAUUGCUUUUUCUGUCAAUCCAUGCAAUAUGGCUGCUCCAGGGUUCACUUCUUUACUGACUGUGGUUCGUGUUGUGUGCGCCCCUGAACAGUCAUCUGGGUAUCCAUGUCGGUCUCAUAUUCAGCAUCUCGAUUGAUACCAGUUCUGACCCAGAAGCGCAGAAAGAUGGAAGCCAUUCCUUUGCUGCUGAUCACAUUCCUUUUCGAAUGAAAGUAUUUGGUGCCUUGGUUUCUGCUUUGUGCAAAGAUAGUCCCCCUCUCACCUGGUUAUGGAGACGGGGCAGAGGGAGGACCUGUUUUAUUUUGGUUUUGAUUGAGAUUUGUGCGUUCUAGAUAUCUGUAAAUAGAGUGGUUCCCAAUACUGAAGGUACAUGAAGAAUUGUAUAUUACUUUGUAUUAUUUAUUCACUAAUUGUAACAUUGCUCCAUGGUACUGCCCUGAGCAGAUAUCCGCAAAGCCCCAUUUGAUACACCCCUAUCUAUCUGUCUGUCUAUCUAUCUAUCUACAUAGAUAUAUAUGUAGAUAAAUAUAUAUACUCUCACAACACACUCCAUUUUAGAUGCUGCUAUUUACAAGGCCAGCAAUGUAGAUAAUAUAAGAAGGUCCAGAUUAUAUCCAUAGAUCCUUUCAUAAUAUAACAGAUACAUGAAGCUAAAUUUAAACUGGCCCAGUGGGGUGGCACUUUCUUAUUUCUAACCAUGAAAUGGGCCAAUUCUUGAUUUGAGUUUUCAUAAUGCUAGCAGUUUUACACUAUUAAUAUCCUAAAUUUGUAACAGGAAUGUCUCCUGCUGUCCGGUUGGCUGGCCAGAACUUCAGGAGCUUGAGUUAAUGAUACAGAUGGCUUCUACGGAUGAUUUUUCGCUCAGGUCUAUUGCUCAUUGUGGCAGGAGAGUCGGAUUUGAGCAGAGAGGCAUCAAGGAGACACAUGCUGCAUCAGUAACUUAAGCUUCUGUGUCCUUCCUAGAUGGACAGGACAGCAGGGGGCGCUCCUGUUACACGUUAUAUAAGCAGUGUGAAGCUGCUAAUAUGAAAGGGGGAGGGGUAAUUUUCAAUAGUGCUCAGAAAGAGCACCCUGCAAUUUUACAUUAAAGGAUUGUUCACCUUAAAUUUUUAAUAUAGAGAGUGCUAUUUUGAAACAAUUUGCAAUUGGUCUUCAUUUUUUAUUUGCCGUUUUUGAUUUAUUUAGCUUUUUAUUCAGCAGCUCCCCAGUUUGGAAUUUCGGGAGCUAUCUGGUUGCUAAGGUCCAUUUUAACCUAGCAACGAGGCUGUAGUUUCAAAGAGAAGCAGCAAUAUGAAUAGAAGAGGGCCUAUGUUGAAACAUAAGUAACAAAAAGUAACAAUAAAAUUGUAGCCUCAUGGAGCAAUAGGUUUUUUUUUACUGCUGGGGUCGGUGACCCCCAUUUCAAAGCUGGAAUUCAAAAACUAUAACAAAAAAUUAAGACCAAUUGAAAAGUUGCUAAGAAUUGGCCAUACUGUAGCAUACUAAAAGUUAACCAGAAGGUGAACCCCCUUUUUAAGCAUGGUAUAGUUCCCCUUUAAUAUGUCGCACAAAAGUCACAGGCAGCCGAUAGCAACAAAUGUAUGCGGUGCCAUUAAUUUUGUGUUUGUGUUUGGUUUUAAAGGGACAGCGGCACAUUAUUUAAAAUCAUCCGAAUUUCAUCUGCCGGGGGGGGGUUUGCUAUGGGUUACAAGACCUUGGAGCCUUUCAUUAUAUCCAUGGUUUCUUCUAGCAUGUAGUAAUGUGUCAGUGUGUACAAAAUGUAUUUAUUAAUCUAUAAAUGCCACAUUUGAUAUCAUAGUAAGUUCUGUAUUGUGGUACCUGUGCCUGUAAAUAGCCAUGUCACAGCAUUAACCCAAAGGCAUUCAGCCUCCCCCAGGCCAAGUCUGCCCUGCCCGCACGUGGCACACAUUACAGCUUGGAGGAGUGGGGAUGCAGCCACAAACAUAGCAGGGCGCUUCCCCCUCAGCUGCUUUGUGCCUUUAUCUUUGUUUUAUUUUGGAAUAGGUGCCUCUUGUUCAUUUUCUGAGGAUUUUAUGCAAUUUAUUUAUUGCUAGUGAGCAAAAAAGAGAAAUCCUGUUAUUCGCCGAGUCCUUUAUCCUAUGGAAGGAUGGGUGUGUCUUAUUUUUUUAGCAUUCUCCGUGCAUGGUAAAUCAGGUCUAAAACUGUAAAGUUUUGUACAGAAAUGACAGAUAUAUAUGAUCAUUUGUAUGGUACUCUGCUGCCCCCUGGUGGGCUCUGGGGCAAAAUAAAGCUAAUACACAGUGAA